AUGAGAUUAAUGCUGUAUUUAUUUUAACUGCACUAUUUUUUAUUGCUUUGUUCUUUAUUUACUUUCCUUUGGUAUUAGUUUACCUACCGUUAUUCAUAAAAUGGGAAGCCUGAUCCUGAAGCCUUUUCUCCUUAGGCAGGAUAAGCAAACAAAAUUGAAUUCAGCCUAAAGAAAUACCAAAGCCUUUCAAAGAGAUUUUGUGUGCCUCUUAAUUCUUUGGUCAUGAGGAGGUCCAUGGAGACAAAUGUGCGAGCUGGUUGUGGUAAGGUAAAUUAAGGUAUCAGAGAGGGAAGGAAAGGGAAACUGCAAGGGAUAUCACAAAGUGUGGAGUACAGACACAGCAUUUACAAGUCGAGGCAGAUCAUGAUCUGAAUAUUAGAGCCCAUGAAAGUUGAUGGGCACAGAUGUGAGCAGCAUGUGGUAGAUGACCAUUGGAAGAAACAAUGACUGAAGCUGAUGAAUAUGAAGAAGAACAGCUGGUUGAGUACGCAGCACAGCUAAGUCUCCAAGAAGCCUUUGAAGCCAGUUAUCCUGCAUCCUCAGCAGAAAGAUCUAUAGGAACCAGCACUGUAAACAGAAAGGUUGUGGAUGCAAUAAAGCAAGCGGAAGUAUUUGAAUUACAGCAGCUUUCAGAAUAUGCAUUUGCCUUCACCGAAGCUGAUGAAGGAGGACGGCUUCCCAUACAUGAAGCUGCAGUUCAGCCAGUUUUGCAAAUCCUUGAAAUUGUCUUAGAUGCAUCUCCUAAAGCUGUUUGGGAACAGAAGACAUACAGUGGUCAGACUCCGCUGACAAUGGCAGCAAACGCACAGCUUGCUCAAAAUGUUAGAAUCAUGCUGGAGUAUGGAAUGCGUCCCAAGACCAUGAAUGAUGAUAGAGAAACUCCACUUCUUAUUGCUUCCAGAAUUGGGUCCUACGAAAUGAUAGCAAGCCUAAUAGAAUAUGGUGCCUGCAUAAGCCAGCCCUGUGCAAAGAGAUGGACAGCACUGCAUGAAGCCGCGAAGCAGGGCCGCAGUGACAUCAUUAACCUUCUCCUAAAAACCGGCGAAAGUGUGAAUCUCCGAGAUGGAUAUGGUGUCACACCCUUAGGAGUUGCUGCAGAAUAUGGACAGACAGAUGCACUGGAGCUUCUCAUCCAUAAAGGUGGUAAUAUUUAUGAUACAGAAGAUGACGGCUCCUCGGUACUAUAUGCAGCAGCUGCAGGUGGAAAUCCUGACUGUGUUCACGUACUGCUGGAGUAUGGCGCAGGUGCCAAUGUACCUAAUAACAUGGGACAUCUUCCUAUACACAGAGCAGCAUUCGAAGGUCACUACCUGGCCUUGAAAUAUCUUACUCCUGUCACAUCAAAAGGGGCAAUACAGAGAAGUGGAUUAAGUCCAGUUCAUUCAGCUGCAGAGGGCCAGAGUGUCCAGUGCUUGGAAUACCUUCUUGAAAAUGAUUUCAGUGCAAACACACUAUUAGCAGACCACAUAUCAGAAAGUUAUGAUGAUGAAAGAAGAACCGCUCUGUUCUUUGCUGUAUGUAAUCAAGACAUUUUAUGCACCGAACUGCUUCUGAGAGCAGGAGCUAACCCUAACCUGGAUCCUCUAAAUGUUCUUCUUGUGGCUGUAAGAGCUAGAAACCAUGAAAUUGUUAGAAUGCUCCUUUCUUUUGGAGCAAAUGUCAACUGCUACUUUACAAUUGUAAAUGAGACCCACUUUCCCACUGCAAUUCAGUAUGCUUUGAAAGAUGAAAUGAUGCUAAGAUUGCUACUAAACAAUGGCUACAAGGCUGAAAUGUGCUUCGAUUGUCUGCAUGGAGAUAUCUUUGGCAACUCAUUCUCCUGGCCAGAGGGUGUCAAAGACAUAGUGCCUGGGUGGACAUCAGCCAUCAUAAAAGAUAAUCCUUUCUGUGAUUUUAUAGCAGUAUCCUGGAUGAGACAUUUGGCUGGACACGUGGUCUGUGUCUUAUUAGACUAUGUAGAUUUUGUUCCAUUAUGUGUCAAGUUACAGCAUAUCCUCGAAACACAGAAGGAAUGGACAGAAAUAAAAGCCAUAUUAGAAAAUCCACGUUCAUUGAAGCACUUAUGUCGGCUGAAAAUACGAAAGUGUAUGGGUUUGGAAAGGCUGCAGCACCAAAUAGAAAAACUUCCUUUUCCAACAUUUCUUAAAGAAUAUAUUUUGUACAGAGACUAUGACCUUUAUGGAAGGGGUCUGAACUUUGCACAAUAUUGAGACCAUAUUUCAGAGAACUGAUACACUUUGUUAUUACAGAGUUAGGAAUAUUUGCAUGUGACCAGUUUUUGAUUUUUUUUUGGCUUAUGCAGGACAGUGUAUUACAUGUUGAUGUCUGUCAUAGAAGUUAGAUCUCACUCACUUUACCCCAUGUCUGAUACAUGUUUGUCAUGUAUAUAUAUAUAUAUAUAUAUAUAUAUAUAUAUAUAUAUAUAUAUAUAUAUAUAUAUAUAUAUAUGUGUGUGUGUGUGUGUGUGUGUGUGUGUGUGCGCGCAUAUAUACAUGACAAUAUCUGGAUAAGUAACUUGCUCAAAGUCAUACAAAAGGCAAAUAAAGGUUGAAAGAAUCAAACCCUGUACCACAAGAAGCAGCUUGUUAAUAGCUCAUAGCAUUAAUCUUCUGACUCACACACAAAUACA